ACCCAGCUAACCUUAAACAAAAAAUUAUGGCAAUCCAAGAUAAACAUGAGAGAGUGUUAUUGUUAUACGAUGAAUUUGUAGAAUAUAAUCAGAUUAAUGUAGGAAAAUGUAAAGUUAUCCAAUAUACUGAAGCAUUAUGGCAGCUU